AUGGACUCAUUUUCAUCGCCAUGGAGUGCUUCAUCUCCACAGAUUUCACAUGUGUACUUGAUGAACCAGGUCAAAUCCGAGCUUGCACAAGUUUAUGCAGAGGAGUUCCUCGAGACUGUAAGAGGCAAGUGCUUUGACAAGUGUAUAACAAAACCAGGUCUGACGUCACGAGGGUCGAAUCUUCACACGGCAGCCGUGAGUUCAUCGGAUCGGGGACAAAAGAGCUCGUACGGACAAGAGCUAGGACUGUUUGCUAUGGAACCGCAUACGACAAUUGGUGAAGGCACGGAAUUGUGGUCAGCGGUCGUGAAAGUGAGCUACAAGGCCGCGGCUAGGAGGUGGCGACGUGAGCUUGCCGACAUCGACGUGACUUCAGGUCGUGAGCUGAGCUGCGCUGAAGGACAGGACCUCACCGUGGGUUCGAGCUACAAAAUCAGCGUGGACUGA